AGAGGAAAGGAGAUGGAUAGAGAGUUAGAAACAUUGAUGACAGAGAAACAUCGAUCAGCUGCCUCCUCCACACCCCCUACUGGGGAUGUGCCUGCAACCAAGAAAGGUCACCAUCCAUAUAAUGGAAUUUUUCUGAUUCUGUAGAUCAGAUUUCUUCAUUCUGGAUAUCGUGGUAACAAUAUAGGAAGUAUGCAUAACUUCUCAUUUCUGCAAGUAGACUUGAGUGCUAAAGGAAGAAAUUUUUUAAGCUACAGAAGAAUUCAUUUUGGUGCCUUUUAUGAAAUCCUGAUUUUGUUUUGAAUUUUUUGAUAACCUUUUAUUAAAGGUAUGAACACUCAAAGAACUUAUCUCGUUUGGCAAGCCCACAUUAAUAAGAAUGCCUAGAAGAGGAUUGAUUCUUCAAACCCGGACCCACUGGUUGCUGUUGGGUCUUGCUUUACUCUGUAGUUUGGUACUGUUUUUGUAUCUUCUGGAAUGUGCCCCACAGACUGAUGGAAAUGCAUCUCUUCCUGGAGUCAUUGGAGAAAAUUAUGGUAAAGAGUAUUAUCAAGCCCUACUACAGGAGCAAGAAGAACACUAUCAAACCAGGGCAACCAGUCUGAAACGCCAAAUUGCCCAACUAAAGCAAGAAUUACAAGAAAUGAGUGAGAAGAUGAGAUCAUUACAAGAAAGAAAGAAUGUAGGGGCUAAUGGCAUAGGCUAUCAAGGCCACAAAGAACAAGCAUCUAGUGAUCUUUUAGAGUUUCUUCAUUCCCAGAUUGACAAAGCUGAAGUUAGUAUAGGAGCCAAACUACCUAGUGAGUAUGGGGUCAUUCCCUUUGAAAGUUUUACCUUAAUGAAAGUAUUCCAAUUGGAAAUGGGUCUCACUCGCCAUCCUGAGGAAAAGCCAGUUAGAAAAGACAAGAGAGAUGAAUUGGUGGAAGUUAUUGAAGCUGGCUUGGAGGUCAUUAAUAAUCCUGAUGAAGAUGAUGAACAGGAAGAUGAGGAUGGUCCCCUUGGAGAGAAACUGAUAUUUAAUGAGAAUGACUUCGUAGAAGGUUAUUACCGCACUGAGAGAGAUAAGGGCACACAGUAUGAACUCUUUUUUAAGAAAGCAGACCUUAUGGAAUAUAGACAUGUGACCCUCUUCCGCCCUUUUGGACCUCUCAUGAAAGUGAAGAGUGAAAUGAUUGACAUUACUAGAUCAGUUAUUAACAUAAUCGUGCCACUUGCUGAAAGAACUGAAGCAUUUGCGCAAUUUAUGCAGAACUUCAGGGACGUAUGUAUUCAUCAGGACAAGAGGAUUCAUCUCACAGUGGUGUAUUUUGGUAAAGAAGGACUGUCUAAAGUCAAGUCCAUCCUAGAGUCUGUUACAAGUGAGUCUAAUUUUCACAAUUACACCUUGGUCUCAUUGAAUGAAGAAUUUAAUCGUGGACGAGGACUAAAUGUGGGUGCCCGAGCUUGGGACAAGGGAGAGGUCUUGAUGUUUUUCUGUGAUGUUGAUAUAUAUUUCUCAGCCGAAUUCCUUAACAGCUGCCGGUUAAAUGCUGAGCCAGGUAAGAAGGUGUUUUACCCUGUGGUGUUCAGUCUUUACAACCCUGCCAUUGUUUAUGCCAAUCAGAAUGUGCCCCCUCCCGUGGAGCAGCAGCUGGUUCACAAAAAGGAUUCAGGCUUUUGGCGAGAUUUUGGCUUUGGAAUGACUUGUCAGUACCGAUCAGAUUUCCUGACCAUUGGUGGAUUUGACAUGGAAGUUAAAGGUUGGGGUGGAGAAGAUGUUCAUCUUUAUCGAAAAUACUUACACGGUGACCUGAUUGUGAUUCGGACCCCGGUUCCGGGUCUUUUCCACCUGUGGCAUGAGAAACGCUGUGCUGACGAGUUGACCCCUGAGCAGUACCGCAUGUGCAUUCAGUCCAAAGCCAUGAAUGAAGCCUCUCACUCACACAUGGGAAUGCUGGUCUUCAGGGAAGAGAUAGAGACACAUCUUCGCAAGCAGGCAUACCGGACAAAUAGUGAAGCUGUUGGUUAACCUAACCAUCGACACAUUUGUCUGAACCAUAAACCAGCAGCAAACCACAACCAGCACUAUUUAUUUAGCCUUAAUUCCAGUGCCAGAUGCAGUGCCUCUUUCAAAGAAUACAUGCUUGUCUUCUGUGCUCUUUCCGACAUUACUUUACCAUAGCAGUAUAACUUCAUAUGAGAAGAAAAAGCAACUGUUUCAAUGCAAAGCCUGUUUGUGAGAAUAUUGCACUAUGGAAUCAUUGAUAAAUCAAAAUUUGGUGUUUGCUCCCAAAGUCGUUUUGAGUUAGUUUGUACCCCGAGUCCAUGUUCUGAUGUUUCCUGGUUGCAUCUGGGCUAAGGGAUAGAAUGUGUUGUGAUGAUGGUCAGUAAGGAGCAUCCCGUUCCCACAGAGGUAGAGAGUUACAGAUGGAGUGUCUGGACAAGGGCUCUUCGCUGACCACUGAGUCAACUUGCUUGGUUUUUAUUUUUAUUUUUUUAUUGAUAAGAGAGAGAGAGAUAUCAAUCGUUGCCUCCCUUAUGCGCUCUGGGGAUUGAACCUGCAACCUAGGUAUGUGCCCCGACCAGGAAUUAAAACCGCAACCUUUGGUUGUUAUAAGGGACAUGUUCCAACCAACUGGGCCACCUAGCCAGGGCUGUUGCUUGGUUUUUAAAUGGAGAUUUUUGGUCAGUUGCUUGAAGAAUCCUUUUUCAGUGAAGCAGAGGACAAUUACAUGACACAUCUGAAAUCCCCAAUCAGGAGGAGACAGAAGUAAAGACCCCUUAACUCUGUGUUGCUUAGUCCCCUCAAUGUCUGUUUUUAAACAAAUGGGUAACUGUGGGAAAUACUUAGAUGAGAAUCCAUGACUUGCUUAAAAUAUAAAGUGUUAUUACUUUGUCAUCAUUUUGGGGAUUAGAAGUCAAGUUGCUGUAGAGUGUAGACUGUUUUGAACAAACUGAAAUCAACAUGGAAACGUCUUAACAGACACUUACUGUGUUGGAGUACAGGACACUGGUGGUGUCUGGGAGCAUCAGUGUACAUGAGCCUGCACUAUCAGGGCCAUUAGUGGUGGGUGGUUCAAAAUAGAUGAGCAUAGCAUGGUGCUGUGUGUGUUUGACUUAUUUAGCAUGGGUUCAUAUGUAUUUACUGUCCUUCUUUCCUAAUAAGUUAAUAUAUCUACAUAUGUAUUUGCAUUAUAAUACUUUGAGAGUUUCACUGAAGAGAGAAAAAAACAAUUUAAUGAGAUAUGCCAUAAGAUCACACUGAUUUGAGAAAAGGGGAAGCAGUAUGAAAUCUGAAUUACAGAAUUGUUUUAGAGAUAUAUAUUACUUGCAGAUAGAAUAAUGUUUUGAGGUAUAAAUUAUAUUGAGAAAAGAUAAAUAAGAAAUUAUAUUCAGAUAGGACUAUACUAUGUUAUUUAUCACACAUGGAUCUUUUACCAUAGGGUCAAUUGCUAGAUCCAGAAAUUGGAGAUACGGUGAAAGGCAUGCAUAGAUUUUUGAAUCUUUGGUUUUUAAAAAGGGACCUAUGCUGUAUUCUUUCUAUUUGUAUAUAAACCUCUGAAAAAUCACAGAAGAAAAAUCAUUUCUCUUUUGGCUCAGUAAAUCAUACCAUUUGAAAUAUUAUGAAUUCUAAAUUUCUUGGUGCUACAUGAAUUCAAUUUUACAAUAACUCUUACUAAUUAUUCUUAUAAGUUUUAAGUUGGGGUAGCACUUAGGCUUGUUUUAUUUUUGAAAAUAUGUAAAAUGUCCAAAAUUAUUCAGGCUGUUGUCUCAUUUUUAUACAAGUAUUUACUAUGAAGACCAGUGAAAAGUGAGGGGACCUAAUUAUUUGCAAAGGUAAGUUUCAGCUUCUUUUUUGACAUAAUCAAAUGAUUUUAUCUUUUCUUCUGUUUUUUUUUUUAAACUAGCUUUUAAUUUAAAGAUGGAAGCUAAACAAUGAAAACAGUACUAUGUUUUUGACAUUAAACGGUACCAAUAAAGUAUUUUUUAUCAAAAAUUAAAUGAAAA